GUUUGUGCUAUGCUCCGUAGUGUACACAGGGCGCGAGGAGCAGAUUGGUAGCCCGCUAGGAGGAUCUGCCGAUAAUAGAUCGGGUAAAUGUGGUCAUGUUGCAGUUGCUGGCAUUGAGCUCGAGGAGCAUUGGCUGGAAUACCUGCUUUUCACGCGGCGGCCGAGAGAAGCGCAACACCGAAAAGACUUAAGCGCGUCGCGUGAGCCUCGGUUCCCCCCCAAACAAACAUGGGGUCUCAGUCUGUAAGCCUGAGGUAAAGUCAGUUACCUCUUCUCUCAUGGCAAAUUUCGCGAACUACCAAGAAGGCAAAGCCGCUAUGUUGAUGCUGGAAACGCAACAGCGAGCUAUCGGGACUAAACCUGCAGCUGCAACGGCGAACGGCGACAGCUCAGUCGGGGAACCCCCUUCCGUGCUGGAUGUCGGCGGCGGUGGCGGCGCUGCUUUUCAUCCGCCGAGUGAACAACAACAACAGCAGCAGCAGCCGCAGCACCUGGAGUCUCCGGCGAGGAAAGUAUCUUCAUCCUCUCUUAACUCUGCUGCGGGCAACACACACGCUACCUCAGCUUCCCCUGCUGUGAACACCAGUUCCGCUGUGGUGGACGACAUUAGGAAGUGCGGCUAUCUGAGAAAGCAGAAACACGGCCACAAGAGGUUUUUCGUCUUGCGGGCGUCGAGUCAUGUGGGGCCGAGCAGACUGGAGUAUUAUGACAGCGAGAAGAAAUUUCGAAACACGCUGCGCUUGAGUUCAGCUGCAGCCGCCCCAGCCGGCGCCUCUCCCCCCAAAAGAGUGAUCUAUCUCUACCAGUGCUUCACUGUGAAUAAAAGGGCCGACUCUAAGAAUAAACAUCUUAUUGCUCUGUAUACCAAGGAUGAAUAUUUCGCCAUUGUGGCUGAAAAUGAGCAGGAGCAGGAGGAGUGGUACCAGGCGCUGAGCGAGCUCAUGAGUGAGAGGAAGAGGGGACACCUGGAAGCGGAGGACAUUGAUGAUGGAUACGGUACUGUGACCCCGGGGACCGACUUUAAGGAGGUGUGGCAGGUCAACGUUAAACCAAAGGGCUUGGGUCAGACGAAGAAUUUAACCGGUGUUUAUAGGCUCUGUCUGUCUGCCAAGAGCAUCCACCUGGUGAAGCUGAACUCUGAAACACCCUGCGUGAACUUGCAGCUGAUGAACAUCAGGCGCUGUGGCCACUCGGAGAGCUUUUUCUUUAUUGAGGUGGGCCGCUCUUCUUCUAUUGGUCCUGGGGAGGUUUGGAUGCAGGUGGACGAUUCUGUGGUGGCUCAGAACAUGCAUGAGACUAUUCUAGAGACUAUGAAGGCACUGAAAGCGUAUGCUGAGUUCAGGCCCAGAAGCAAAAGCCAGUCUUCUGGCACCAACCCGAUGGGCUUCAUCACCACACGGCGACACCUGGGUAACCUCCCGCCCAGCCAGACGGGGCUUCAGCGGCGGUCUCGGACUGAAUCUGUGGUGGGCACUCCACCAAGCAGGAAGAGUAGUGGAGCAAGUGGGUACCGAUUUCGCACAUCCAGCGAGGGAGAGAGCACAAUGAACCGCCCCUAUAGCUCGGUGACAGGUAGCCUUAUUCAUCUCAACACAGCCCGUGCUAACCUGAGCCGACAGGAAAGUAGCAGUGGGGCUGGGGCCCGCUAUAUUCGUGCCCCACCGGGCUCCACGUAUCAUGCCCGUUCAGCCUCGCUGCCGGUGUCACACUUUCCUUCGACCACCAGUCCAAUCAGUGUGUCCAGCAGCAGUGGGCAUGGCUCGGUGUCAGACACCAUCACCCGCCCCUCUAGCGCAUCAAUUUGUGGAUCCCCAAGUGAUGGAGGUUUCAACUCAUCUGACGAGUAUGGCUCGAGUCCCGGAGACUUCCGUUACUUCAGAGUACGCAGCAACACCCCUGACUCCCUGGGGAACACGCCACCCAUUCGGGAGGAGCACUGCCUUAAUGACUACAUGGCUAUGGGCUGGAAUCGUGAUGUGUUCGGGACGAGUGCAGCUGCUGAGGUGACCCGAGAUGAGAGCGCAGAUGAGGAUUCACGUCCGGGGUCUUUAAGGAGGAGGACACCCUCCUUCUCCAGGCAGGUUGGGGGUGCUAGUGCUGCUGGAGUGGCUGUUUAUCAGAAGAUGACCCAGACCACCUUCUCGCUGGACGAGGCUGUGGCUGAGAGUAGCUCUUGGAGUGGCAGUGCCCAGACUGUCUCUACCUCCUCCUCCCUCUGCUCUGACUACAGCUCCAGUUCUGAACACAGCCAGGACCGCCCCCCUAGCCUGCGGCCUGCAGAUGCAUCUAAGGAUGAUGGAUACAUGCCCAUGAUGGCAGGUGUACUGCCCUCCAGUAGUGAUGCAGACUACAUGCCUAUGCAACCAAAUAUCCUCCUCUCCGCUUCUCCAAAAGUCCAAAGUUCUGCUAUAAAUGUUCUCCAGCACAUGGACCCUCACGGCUAUAUGAUGAUGCUCCCUGGUCGGAGUGGGGCCACUGACUCCCCUGUUCUGUCCAGUCCUGACACAAGCAGACGAGCAGAGGAACGGAGAGCCCCAGACCGCACUGACAAUGCAGAAUACAUGGACAUGUCUCAGACUAGCUCCACAGCUAUUGCUCAAAAGGUUUCCACUGAGAAUUAUUAUGCCUUGACCACUCCUCCUGUCCCCAAAUCCUACAGUCCAUAUUUUUCCCUUCCUCGCUCGUAUAAAGCUCCAUCCAGAACCCAGUCUGACCAUGAUGAUUAUGUCCCCAUGAGUUCCCCAGUGGCACCAGUCUACAUGUCACCCACAGCCACCCCAGAUCGCAGCAGCAGGAGCCCACCCUCUGAAUCCUCACCUCAGCAUAAUGGCUUCACAGACCGCCGUGUUGUUCGGCCGAAUCGUCUGCCACUGGGAAGGCGCAGUUUGCAUGGCUCUGCUCGAGCAGGUGAAGUAGCAGUGCGGCCUUCCAGCCCUGGAGAAUACAUUAACGUUGAACUUGGGGAUCGGCCCACAUAUUCUGCCUGCCUGUUAUCUGCUGAAGGCUCUCCCUCAACCCCUAUUAUCAACCAAGAGCAGCGCAGGUCUCCCCUACCACAGGACUACAUGAGUGUGGAGGUGGAUGGCCUUCCACCAAAGAGUCGGUCCCCACGUCCCUCUCUAGUAGCCCCCUGGAAUCCUCCUUCAUAUAUCCGACCCUCCUCAUCGUCCCACUGCAGCGGGCUCGCAGUGGGUAAGCCUGAUGACUACACAGAAAUGUCUUUUGGGGCAGAGGAGGAAUCUAAGAGCCCCACAGCUAUGCUUGAGCGCCUGUGUGUUCUUGAGCAACAGUUUUUCCCCUUAAGCCCCCCAACUGAGCCCAAGGUUAUCCGUGCUGAUCCCCAAGGCAGGCGGAGGCACAGCUCUGAGACGUUUGUCACAUCAUCUGGAGCGUCAGAUGGAAGUGGCCCAGAUGCCAAUGGCCAAUUGCCUAGCAAUACUGGGGCUCAUCAAGUGGGCCGCAGCAAGGGUCAAAACUUUAAUUGCACUUGGAAUGACAGUGUGACAUCCAGCAGCGAGGUAACCCCAGGAACCUCCUUAGAUAGAGCCAAAUCCCCCUCUGUGAGGUCUGCAAGGACUCUACCUGUGCAACACCAGAAUGGCCUGAACUACAUAGCCCUAGACCUGAGAGAAGAUCUACGGCCUGUGAACGCUCAUGAUGAGCUUCUUCUGUCCUCCUCCAACGCUCCUCCCCCAGAGAACGGUGCCUAUGCCAGCAUAGAUUUAAUGAAAUCUGAAUCAACAUCAAAAGACUGAGGACUGUCCCAUCAAGCUCCUGCAGAGAUGCCGGUUAACAAGAGAGCCCAAGCACACAACCCUGCGGCACAACAAGAGGAUCCAGAGUUUGAUCUUAAUGGACUUUUAUGGUUCUUUUAAUUUGUUCAUGCGCUGUCUCAGAGCAGAUCCAUACGUUCUGUCUUGUAUGAGUUUAGUGCUUUAUUGUGAUUCACUGUCACAAUGUUUUAUUCGCUGCGUAAAAAGGGAGGUUCAUCUUACGAAGACAUCACAAUCCGCAAGUCUGGUCUGGGCAGGUGCAUGCUGUUUACUAGCAUCACGCCGCAUUUGUACAAAUUCUAUUUAUUUCCCAUAAAGAUUUCAGGUGCAAUUACAGAUUUUAGUGUUUAUGUUUACCGCUUGCUUAACUGAGAGAGCACUCAAUGGCACGGUACAGACUACAGAAUGGAUGUGACAAUACAGCAUUAGUGUCUUUUUAUUAUUAUAAUUUUUUUUUUUUUUUUACAAAUGUCUGUCUCCGGUUAGGUCCUCACUCAGUAUUUCAUCUUCAGUUUUGGACUGUCAAAGCCUCCUUUUAUUUGUUCUGUCGUAAGUGUCAAUGAUGUUUCAGUCUGCUUGGCUCCAGGUGUUUGUCGCAAUGUGUUCUUGGCAUGUGGCGCAGCCCAAACAUAGGCUUUUCGUAUCUCUUUCCAUAUUAAUUUUUGACCAGCAUCUCCUUGUCUUUGCCAAGAGUCCCGUAGUGGGAGAGCGAGAGGAGUGGGGUGCAGGAAAAGAGGGUCUAUUCUGGGACUCCCCUCAUGAAAUCUGCUACAGUUGCUAAAAUGCCACUAGGAUGAGCACAGAGUUGGUGAUUUAUGUCAUCCAAAUGAGUCUCAAUUAGUUCUCGAGUUACGUUUUGGUACCUACAAUAAACUAACUGUAAGGGGAACCCUUCUGCGACUUGGUGUGAACAAACAGCACAACUCGAAAGGUACAAAAGCCCAGUUUUGCCUGUAUAAAACGUUAUGCAUGCUCUUGAAAAGAUCGAAAGGUCUCAUUCAAUCAGCAACACAAAAACAUUUCAUUUUAAUGUCUCACAUUUAUAUUUAAUAUUUUAGUAUUACAAAUCCGCUGCUCUUUGUUUCACGACUCUUCUCUCAGUAUUGUGGUGUUCAUCAGGCAAGCGGUACAGUUCACCCUUCAAACUCUUUAUUAUUUUCAAAGGAGUGACAUGCACACUACUUAAUGUUAAGGCAAAUGAUACUGCUUUCCUUUUUGUUUUUAUAGUUUCUGCUUCCUGCACGUUGUUUUAAAGGGCAAAAUCAAAUGUGAAACUUGUGACGAAGAAAACGAAAUGCGAAAACAGUGUAUGGUACAGUCUUUAUUAUGCUCUUAGCGGUACAAAAGUGAACUUUGUCAUCUGGUAAAAGGACCCAUUCCUCCUGGAAUUACCAAAGCUGAGUGUUUACUAGCACAGAUUGGCUAUUACAACUCAAUGCUUUGCCUAGUGUCCCAAAACCGUAUCAAAACUCAAAUUUGCUUUAUUUUUAAUGGUACUUUAACAUUAAAAAAGGUACAGGUUACUUUCUUAGCUAAUGUUAGCAUGAUAUUUGUAGCCAAGAAAAGUUUUAAAGGAUAGUUCUCCCAAAAAAAUGGAAAUUCUCUUAUUAUUGACUCCCUCUUAACUUGUUUUAAACAUGUUUGAAUUUCCUCUGUUGAACACUAAAGAAGGCAUUUUGAAGAAACUUGUAUCUUCCAAAGUAUUCCUUUUUUUUCAUUAUUAAGGAGGUCAGCUUUCUGCAUAAUAUCUUCUUUUGUGUUCAACAAGAAAGAAACUCAAAGGGUUAUAACUACUUGAGAGUGAGUAAAUAUCGAGUACAUUUUAAUUUUUGGGUGAACUAUGCCUUUAAGAACUACACUGAAGGGUAUUCCGGUUAGACUUUUAUUUUGAUGGUCCCUAUUGCACAUUUUAUUGACACAAAGUUGCAUUGCAACUACAUGCCAAUUACUUCUCAUUUGAGUAUUAGUAGACUGUCUGCUUAAUAUCUGCUGAUACUGCUCCUUCAACAGACAUUUAAAUGACUAUAGGAAACUUUGCAAGUACAUGUCAACUUACACUGACCCCAACCUAACAGUCUACUUAUAAUCUAAUGAGAAUUAGUUGGCAUGUAGAUGCAAUGGAACUUAAAUUCAACAAAAUGCAGUAAAGGGACCGUCAAAAUAAAGACAUACCGACAUAAAGACAUUUCUGUCAUACAUAAAAGCCAAAUUUUUGAACGACACAAAUGUAUUUUGAUAUCAGCCUUUUGCUAAUGUAUAUGACCAAGCCGACAGCUUGUUGCUAUGAUUUUCAUUGAAUUGACAUCUUUAUGAUGUAAGAUUUUUAUUUGGAACUUGAUUAAAGUGAUUGCUUAGAAUAUGGAUGUGCAGUGAUAGAGCAUUACAGGGAUCGUUCAUCAAGAAAUGAAUGUUCUGUCAUCAUUUACUAUAUUGUUCCAAUUCUGAAUUCAUUUCUUUCCACUGAACACAAAAGAAAAACUGUUAACAGUAAACAUCGGCAGGGAAAGAAAGAAAUUAUGGCAGCCAAUGGUUACCAUCAACUAUUUGGUCACCCAAAUUAGUAUCAUUACUUGGUCUUAGAAAGAAACUGGUAAGCUGUGGAUCAGUGGGAGGGUGAGCAAAUGAUGACAGGAUUCACCUUUUUGUUUGAACGUUCCAUUUAUUUACAUUUUUUUCUCAUUUUCUUUGUUUUAAAAUCUCUGAUCUUUAUGGGAUGCUUUUUUAAAGGCAUUUCUUUUAUUUGGCUUCAUUUAUAAAUCAAAGAGAUAGGAAAUUCGUGCGUCCCCUUUGCCAUUCAUGUUUUGUCAGACCUCACGAGUAUGUUUUGGUACGUUUGUGUUCUGUUUGUUAUUGUUUUUAAAGUCUAAGCCUGACUGAAGGCAAAGUUCAGUUGUGCAGGUCAGUUCUUCAGAUUAAGUCUGAGAGAAAUUACAAAAAAAGGAACAUUUUUAUGAUUGUGUCCAUGUGUACAUACUGAUGCUUUGAUUUAUCUUCUUUGUUUUCCUGCAGUUGAUUGAAAUGUCCUUUUUCCUCUGGUGGGAAAAAGAGAACAAUAGCAGGCAAAUCAUUUUCAAGCAUUGCUUAGUGUUUGUAUUUAUCUCUCUUCUCUCUCUUUUUUUUUUUUUGCUUUGAAUAGAGCUAUUGCAAUAAAAAACGUUCUUGAAACA